AUCCACAGCAGUGUGUAAGAGCGGUCUCAUGUUGAUACAAAAUUCUUCUUGAUGCAGAUAAAUUUUGUUAUGAUACGAAAUUGAGGAAAAACAUUGUAAUAAUAAUAAUAUUUAUCAGAGACUUGAAUGAGCCUGCGUAAUGUUACUAAAAAACUAUACAAUACGUGUAAAAUGAACAUAAAACAAGGUAGCAUCCCUUGUUUACGUGCGGAAUUGAAUCUUGGUCUGACGUUGCACGGUGGUCAAAGUUUUAGAUGGACAGAUUGUGACAGUGGCUACAGAGGUAUCUUUAAUGGAUAUCUUUGGACUUUGUCUCAAAAUGAUACCCAUUUAUUGUAUACUGUACAAGGACAAUUAAAGGAUUCUGUAAAUUAUGACAAUAUUUUAUUUGAAUAUUUUAGAUUAUCAAUAUCCUUACAGGAACAUUAUAAAAAAUGGGUGGAAGUAGAUGCACAUUUUCAGAAGCAUUUAAAUGAAAAUAAUGCUAUACGAAUUCUGAAGCAAGAUGUUGUAGAGAAUUUAUUUUCAUUUAUAUGUAGCUCUAAUAAUAAUAUAUCAAGGAUAUCAAGCAUGGUUGAAAAAAUGUGUUUGUUAUUUGGUCAGAAAAUAUGCUCAAUUGAAAAUAAAGAAUAUUAUGAUUUUCCGACAAUAGAAACUUUGAAGGAGAAAAAUGUGGAAAAUAUAUUAAAAAGAGAAAAAUUUGGAUAUCGUGCUGCAUAUAUAGUCAAUGCAGCAAAAUGUUUAUCUACAUUAGGUGGAAAAAGUUGGCUUUCAGAUCUACAAAGGGAAAAUAAUUCUUAUCUUAUCGCUAAAGAACAACUAAUGACUCUGCCAGGAAUUGGUCCCAAAGUUGCUGAUUGCAUAUGUUUAAUGUCAUUAGACCACUUAGAUGCUAUACCCGUAGAUACUCAUAUUUUCCAAAUUGCACAAGCAAAUUACUUGCCACAUUUAAAAAAGCAGAAAACGGUUACGCCAAAAAUCCAUGCUGAAGUUAGCAAUUAUUUACGAGAAUUAUGGGGUCCAUUAGCUGGAUGGGCACAAGCUAUUGUAUUUUCUGCAAAAAUUAAUACUAAACCGAAAUCAACUGGAAAGCGAAAAUGUGAAAACAGCAAAAAUCAAAAUUUAAUAGAAGCAAAAAUUCGUAAAGAAGUGUAAAUAUAUUAUCGUUAUGGAGUAAUAGCGUUAAUUUUCAUAAAUAUAUAGAUCAUGCAAAAUAUUUUAUCUAGAUACUGCUGAAAAAUUGUGUGGACCAGAGUGGACCUUUUUAACAAUCAUUUGAUGUAAUUUAUAAGUUUUAAAAAUAAAUAAUAUACUGUA